AUGCCUGCAAAAGUGCACUGCGGCGGUUUGUUUUUGGGCAACACAAUUCAGGAAAAAACUCGAACUUUGCUCGAUUGGAGUGAUGAGUGUGGGAUUUUCACCUGUAAAGUGGAGGCGUACAUUGCUGAUUUCAGCACACCAUACCUUUCAGCUUGUAAUAACACAGGUCCAUCUCCAGAACGUUGUUCCACGAUUACAGUGAACGCUACAGAGAAAUCCCUCAGCAGACGCAUACUCCAUGUAAAUAAUUCACGUGGUCAUCCGUACAUGAUUCCGAUCGGGCGUUUACGGCGCUACAGUACCAGUUCAAGUUCAACGUGUAGUAGCAGCAGCAGUGAAUAUUCGCAACCAUCGCCAAGUUACAGCAUUACUUCUUACGAAUCGCUGAGUCCGGAACCUCUCGUUUCUCCUUAUGUCACAGCUGACUCUCAAUCACCCCAUUUAGUACCGCUAGGUCCAACAAUACCAACAACAGUAACAGCAUCUACCACUUAUCGGUCGCCGGAACGAGAAGCACAAGUUUUCGAAAGACUGCGACAGCUGGUACCAAUGUUGCCCUUUGACAGAAGUGCUUAUCAGGAUAGUUGGAUAGCAAGUGGUAACUGCAAGAUAAUUGAUAUUCGCAGGGUAGAACUGUAUCUUCCAACAACAUCCCUCUAUUCUGAAUCGGUACUGAUAGAGACAGUUUCGCAAGUGAUGGAUUUGGAGCAGCAACUUGAACAACUGAACGAGCAGACAAACAGUGCCAAAAACAGUCUAUGGGUUGAGCAAGAAAGUCUCCUUUCAGAUGCUGAAAAUAGUGUCUUUCCGGAUGAUUUGAAAAGUGUGGAUGUGACAGCAUUCAAGCGUCUUCUUUGUUCCAGUCCUCUCUCCGGCGAUACUUCGAAAACAGUGCACUUCAAUUUUGUCUCAUAA